CGAUGUACGCCUUGUGAGUGAGAUUCCUGCGCAGGGAGAGCCGCGGUGCCCGUCCUUCAGCCGGCUGCGCGCUUCACCUCCCGCUAGUUCUGUGCCCCAGUAACUCGGGCAGCGGCCGGGCAGGCAUGCAGGGCGGCUCUUCUGCGCCUUUUGGAAGUGAAAGUUCAGGUUUGCGGCUCCUCUCCUCGCCAGAGGAUAUUGUUGGGACGCGGUGGCAGUGAGCUGUGCGGCUGGAGCAGGAAUUACUUCUGGGAUAUCAAACUGACUUAGGUCCAUGAAGACUAUGCUGGUGUCAAGCUCCCUCUGACUUGCCUCCAGCUCCUCCUCAGGAGCAAAGGUACAGUUAAUAGGGGCUUCUUCCUGGAGCUCCUGCACUAAACAUCUAACCAGGAUGAUAAAGGGUUUCCCUCCUAUUGGAGAGGCUGCAGGAUGAGUCUUAAAGAAACAAGACUUUCACAGUACACAUCUGUACAGAGCAACUGUGCUUCCAGAGAAACAUUUGCAUAAGCAACUGAACUGCACCCUGAUACCAGAGUAAGAAGUCUUUCUACCCACGGUCUCCAGAGCAAGAAUGUCCUAGAAGGGAGAACAGUAGGAAGCAGUGAUGAAAUAUAGGAUGGACCUGAUCUAGUGAAUUACCUUUUCAUCAUCACACAAUCCAGCUCAAGCUGUACUUUCAGGCUUGACAGCCCUCGUCAUUCACAGUUUGAGGUAUUUAAUUGUCUGGCCUGGAGUGAUGCAACAUAACAUUUGUCCACUGUGAGGUGUUAACAUGACAACCAGUAGCCGCACAUGUCCGGUACCGGCCGUGAAUGGACGUAUGACUCACUAUCCAGCAGCACCAUAUCCCUUACUUUUUCCUCCCGUCAUUGGUGGACUGUCACUACCUUCCCUCCAUGGACUCCAGAGUCACCCACCAACUAGUGGAUGCAGCACCCCAUCACCUGCAAGCAUUGUCAGAGAGCUUUCGGUUCAUCAAAGGACUUUUUGUGGAGAGGGGACACCACAUCCAUUAAAGUGGCUGCGCAGGUCCCAGGCAGUUGAAACUCAGAGCACCAGUUCUGAGGAACUUGUUCCGAGCCCUCCUUCACCACUUCCACCCCCUCGUGUUUACAAGCCCUGUUUUGUUUGUCAAGACAAGUCAUCCGGAUAUCACUAUGGUGUCAGUGCUUGUGAGGGAUGUAAGGGCUUUUUCCGCAGGAGUAUCCAGAAGAACAUGGUUUACACAUGUCACAGAGAUAAAAACUGUGUUAUCAAUAAAGUUACCAGAAAUCGCUGCCAGUACUGCAGACUACAGAAGUGCUUUGAAGUGGGAAUGUCCAAAGAAUCUGUCAGAAAUGAUAGGAACAAAAAGAAGAAGGAACCUUCAAAGCAGGAGUCCACAGAAAACUAUGAAAUGACAGCAGAGUUAGAUGAUCUCACUGAGAAGAUCCGAAAAGCUCACCAGGAAACCUUCCCCUCUCUCUGCCAGCUGGGAAAAUACACUACGAACUCCAGCGCAGAUCAUCGGGUUCGACUGGACCUUGGGCUUUGGGACAAAUUCAGUGAACUUGCAACGAAGUGCAUUAUUAAAAUAGUGGAAUUUGCAAAGCGAUUGCCAGGCUUUACAAGUUUGACCAUUGCAGACCAAAUAACUCUACUCAAAGCAGCCUGCCUGGAUAUACUGAUCCUUAGAAUUUGCACAAGAUACACACCGGAACAGGACACCAUGACCUUUUCAGAUGGCCUUACCCUAAACCGAACUCAGAUGCACAAUGCCGGAUUUGGCCCACUGACUGAUCUCGUGUUCACAUUUGCCAACCAGCUCCUGCCUUUGGAAAUGGAUGAUACAGAAACAGGUCUCCUUAGUGCCAUCUGCCUAAUCUGUGGAGAUCGCCAGGACCUUGAAGAACCAAUGAAAGUGGAUAAGCUUCAGGAACCCUUGCUUGAAGCACUGAAAAUUUAUAUCCGAAAGAGAAGACCCAACAAGCCUCAUAUGUUCCCAAAGAUCUUAAUGAAAAUCACGGAUCUUCGUAGCAUCAGUGCAAAAGGUGCAGAACGUGUCAUUACACUGAAAAUGGAAAUUCCUGGAUCCAUGCCACCUCUUAUUCAGGAAAUGUUGGAGAACUCUGAAGGACAUGAACCACUGACACCAACCUCACAUGGAAAUACUGCAGAACACAGUCCCAGUAUCUCACCUAGUUCAGUGGAUAACAGCAGUGUCAGUCAAUCCCCUAUGGUGGAAUAAGACAUUUUCCAGCUACUUCAGACAUUCCUAAUACCUUAUGUACAGGGAUGAAAAGCAAGAAAAACAUUUUUACUGCUGCUUAGUUUCUGGACUUAAUAUAUAUCUAUAUAUGUAUAUAUAUAUAUAGAUAAACUCAACAAGGACCAAGAAAUUUUCAUAUGUAUCGAUAUAUACUCCUUGCUGUUUAAACUCUUAAAACUAGAAAAUGCAAACUUUUGAAACUUUAAAUCAGCCAUUUCAUGCAAAAAAAAAAAAAAAAAAAGUUAAGCUUCUGUUUUCUUCUCUGAACACUCAAUAUUGCAUGGUGACAAGACAGAUCCCAGUCUUCAAAUUCUGGUUGCAUUUCUGAUGACUUUGUACAUACAAAUGUAUGGCUGUACUCUCCAUACUGGAUGUUUGGUGCUUUCCUUUUGUCUCUCAUACCUAAAACAAUCAAGACACCAACCACAGGACAUGGACUACUGUACACAUCCAGAGAAGGAAGUUGAAAGGACCAUCUGAUUUAGUUGAAAUAUGAAAACUUGUCCUUGCUGCCCUCAGUUUGCAUCUCCUUCCUUGUAAAAAGUAUACAAAACGUCACUGCCCCAGCAGAAGAGGUAUCGGUAUCAGCAUUAACUGCCAGCUCAGUUAUUCAGAUGUCAUUUGUUCCACUGUUAAUGUCACUUUAAAUUUUAAAGAAGUGGUUUCUUAGCUGGCUGGUGACCUAGCUCCACAAUUACCUGCUCCAUUUCGACAGCAGUGCUAUAGCUUCCAAGGCAGAAACACUUUUCAAUGUUACCAUGUUUUUGUUUACUUGUUCACAAGCCAUUAGGGAAACUUCAUGGGAUGAUAACCAGCAAGCCUCACAGCUUUUGAAUCACUGAGUCCAGGGUAUUUCCUUAAGAAUCAACUGCCAGGAAUCAGCUGGGUUUUCCAGCCCUCCAGGUGCUAGGGAAUUACAGCUAGGACUUCCAGAAACACAAGGAGAGAAUCUGCCUUCUUGGCCUUGUUAAAUCACCAUGAAGCAGAGUGAAAACUGUGGUAGAAUGGUUAACAGAUUUAAAGUGUCAGUUUCUUAGGUUUCAUUUAAAGCACUAGUGGAAUUUUUUUUUUUUUUUUAUAUAUUCUAGCAAGUCUGUGAUGUACUUUCACUGGCUCUGUUUGUACAUUGAGAUUGUUUAACAAUGCUUUCUAUGUUCAUAUACUGUUUACCUUUUUCCAUGGAGUCUCCUGGCAAAGAAUAAAAUAUAUUUAUUUUAA